AGUAGAACGUUGUUUGUAAAGGACUGUUGCUUUAUUCUGGUGUAUACACAUUAAAUUGAAAAUAUUUGUAUUUAUUUGCAAGACUGAGGACGUUUUAAUAAGAUGUCUUUGGCAGACGAGCUCCUGGCAGACUUGGAGGAGGCCGGAGAUGAAGGAGAAGAUGGACUGUAUGGAGGUGGAGAAGAAGAGCAGAGCGAUGGAGAGAUGGCUGGGGGAGUGGGAGAUGGAGGUCUGGAGGAUAUUCCAGAGGAGAUGGAGACAGACUACAGUGGCACAGAGAGUGUGAACUCCAUUGCAAAACUGCGCAACAGCAAAUCUUUUGCUGAGAUCAUGGAGAAGAUUGCUCAAUAUGUGGGGAAUCCACGCAAAAACACUGACGUUUCAGGUCCUGUGGAAGCUGAUCCAGAGUAUCGGCUCAUCGUUGCUGCAAACAAUCUGACUGUUGAAAUUGAUAAUGAGCUGAAUAUUAUUCACAAGUUCGUGCGUGAUAAAUACUCUAAACGAUUCCCAGAACUGGAAUCUCUGGUGCCCAAUUCGCUGGAUUACAUUAGAACUGUGAAGGAAUUGGGGAAUAACCUGGAAAAGUGUAAGAACAAUGAGACACUGCAGCAGAUCCUGACCAAUGCCACCAUCAUGGUGGUCAGUGUCACUGCCUCCACCACACAGGGUACACUACUUGGUGAAGAGGAGCUCCAGCGACUGGAGGAAGCGUGUGAUAUGGCGCUAGAGCUCAACCAGUCAAAACACAGGAUCUAUGAAUAUGUCGAGUCCAGGAUGUCCUUCAUUGCUCCCAAUCUAUCCAUCAUAGUUGGGGCCUCCACUGCUGCCAAAAUCAUGGGUAUUGCUGGAGGACUGACGAACCUGUCCAAGAUGCCAGCAUGUAACCUGAUGCUGUUAGGGGCUCAGAGGAGAACUCUAUCAGGGUUCAGCAGCACCUCACUGCUCCCUCAUACAGGGUACAUCUACCACUGCGACGUCGUUCAGUCCCUUCCUCCUGAUCUGAGGAGGAAGGCGGCACGUCUGGUCUCAGCCAAGUGCACACUUGCUGCUCGCGUGGACAGCUUUCACGAGAGUGCAGUUGGCAAGGUGGGAUACGACCUAAAGGAGGAGAUUGAGCGCAAGUUUGAUAAAUGGCAGGAGCCGCCGCCCGUCAAACAGGUGAAGCCGCUUCCAGCGCCGCUCGACGCUUCCAGGAAGAAGAGAGGUGGCAGGAGAUACCGGAAGAUGAAGGAGAGGUUGGGUCUUACCGAGAUCAGAAAACACACCAACAGAAUGACGUUUGCAGAGAUUGAAGAUGACGCCUAUCAGGAGGACCUGGGCUUCAGUCUGGGGCAGCUGGGUAAAUCGGGAAGUGGCAGAGUGAGACAAGCACAGGUUAAUGAUGCCACUAAAGCUCGCAUCUCCAAAUCCUUGCAGCGAACAUUGCAGAAGCAGAGCAUGACGUACGGUGGCAAGUCCACAGUCAGAGACAGAUCUUCAGGAACCAGCUCCAGCGUAGCAUUCACUCCCUUACAGGGUUUGGAGAUCGUGAAUCCUCAGGCGGCAGAGAAGAAGGUGGCGGAAGCCAACCAGAAAUAUUUCUCCAACAUGGCCGAGUUCCUGAAGGUUAAAAGGGAGGGAGAGACGAGCAAAAUGUGAGACUGAACCACACCUUCAGCAGCAUGUUGUAUGAUGUUGUUGGCCGUUGUGUAAAAGUGUAUAGAGCAGCUUCAUGGUGGAGCUUGAUGAUCCUCAGCGUUCCGCAGUGUAUUUUUUUUUUUUUCUUUAGAUCAUGUGUUAUUUUGCAUCCUUUGUUUUUAAUAAAUCUGAAAGGAAAAAGGGUCCAUGGAACUCGUUCUGUCUGCGUUAAACACAGUGGGUCCAGUGCCAUUUAGAAACACUGGCCAAAAGGCAGGGCAGCCCACACAGGCAACCAGACCAUCAUAAGACAUCAUUUAUUCACUCACUUACUCACACCUAAAAAAUGAUAGAGCAGCCAAUCCACCAUCUGAACAUUUUGGGAGAAAAACGGUGCCUGAAGAAGUAAAACUCCUCAUAGACAAGGAAAGGAUAGAACCCAGGUCCUCAAGAUCUAUGGUGCUGUGUGGCACUGUAUUAGUGCUUAGGGCACAGCAACAUGGGUUCCCUCCUCACUUUCAUUUGCAGUAUGUUCACCUACUAUUUGGUUUUCUUCUGUUAUAUGAGUGAGUGUAUACGUCUGUUAUUAAUGGGUGUGACAGAAAUGCCAGAACUGGUGUAUAAUGGGAUGUGAAUGGUAAAUCCUACAUGAUUACUUCACGCUGAGUGUGAGCAGUACAGCCCUGGGAAAUCAGAGUCGACAGAAUAAACACUUGAAAACAAA